AAGGUUAGUUCAGUUAACGAACGGUCGGCCCGUUUAAACAAAUCGAUUACAGUAGCCAUACUGUACUGCACACAGGUGUUGGUGUAGUGGCCAGUAUAUGCCUACUGUACAUCGUGUAUCUUAUUUUAAUCACAAUGACAGUUAAACGCGGUAACAUUCAAAGAUCUGAUUUUGUCUCUGCUUAAAAACACUGCUUAAACAAGCAUGGCUUAUAUUAUAGUCUGAUGUAGGCCAUAUUUUGUUGAUAAAUGAUAAAUGAGUUUGUUCCAUCACUCUAGGCAGGACCAACCUACGGUCGUAAGAUGAUGACUGGUUAUUUGGCAGCAAAGGGAAUUCGAGCCUCAGAAAGUCGGGUUGGGCGAGCCCUCCAGACAAUACAUCGACCAUACCAUGAAAUGCGAUGCAGUGGUGCACGGAAUCUUAAUCCUAUACCCUACCGUGCUGCAUACACAGGACACAAACUCCAUUUAGACCAAAACGAAAAGCUGGGCAUGUUUGGAGUUACACAUGUCCUAGCAAUUGAUGGCUACAGCAGCAAGAUCAUGGCUUAUGCAUGUAUGCCAGUAAAGAAUAACCUCACUAUUUAUGAAAAAGUGUACAGGCCUGCUGUAAUCAACAAUGGAAUGUGGGACCAAAUAAGAGUGGACCAUGGCAAAGAGUUCUUCCUGACUCUAUUUAUUCAAGAAAUCCUUGCUGACCAUAGACUGAAUACAGAAACACCACCGUAUCGUCAGACCCAAUCAACAAAAAAUCACACAAUUGAGAGGAUGUGGCCUGAAAUUAAUAACAGAGUUAAUUACCCUUUGAAGGAGGCUCUUGUCCAGCUGGUCGACCAAGAACUCAUUGAUAUGGACUGCAACCUAACAAGAUACUGUGUCUCUAACCUCAUCUGUCAACUGUGUCAUCUGGGCAUUAGCAGGGUAGUAGAGGCAUGGAACAACCACAGGAUUCCCGGAAAAGGAAUCCCCAACCAGCUUGCACAGGGUGGUUCUGCAAAAAACAUUUCAGCAGCACUACUGCCCAAUGGAACUGAAGCAGCUGAUCUGUACAUGGACACACUGGGGUCCUCUUUGACAAGGGUUUCUUCCUUUGGAAUGGACCCUUUCACAAGCGAACAUGAGAAGGCUACAGUGGAACAACUGUUUUCAGAGAAGUGGCCAGACAUUGCUGUUUUGCUCAAUAAUGCAGUCAACAAAAACUUUUUGCCUUUUAAAGAGGCUUUGAUCACUCUAGUCACUCUAACUCAAAGAUACUCAUAA